AUAUUUGAAAUUUUGAAUAUUUUGGUGGCUGUUUUGAAAUUUCAGGGAUGUCGUUAGAAUACGCUCGGGUUGGUAAUAUUGAAGAUAUCACGUCAAUCGGUUCAACCACCAGCUUUCUACAGGCCACAGCAGCUGAGGUUAGAUCAACACGAGUAAACUGGCAAUCUUACCUUCAAGGACAAAUAAUUAAUGAUGAGCAGUAUUCAUUCAUAACACGACUUGAUAAUGCUCCCACUGCGGAAGCACGAAAUCAUGUAAUAAGGGCUGAUGAAAACAUGACCGCUAGGGUUUUUAUAUUUAUCCUGAAUAAAAUCUCAAAAGAACAAACAUUACGAUAUAUCCUUACACUUAUUGAUGAUAUGCUUCAGGAAGACAAAUUACGUGUUGAAAUCUUUCGUGAUUACUUCUCCAAGUCAAAAGAAUCACUUUGGUCUCAUUUUUUCGGAUUUUUCCAAAGAGGGGAUCCUUUCUGUAUGUACCAAGCUUCCCGGAUAAUUGCAAAGUUUGCAUGCUGGUCUUCCCAACUUAUGGAGGAAAAUGACUUGAUUUAUUAUUUAAAUUGGCUACGUGAACAACUGACAAUAACCAAUAACCAGUAUGAUCAAACUGUGGCUCGAAAUCUUCAAAUGAUGCUUCGUAUCAGAGAGUACCGUGCCCAAUUCGCUAAAGUCGGAGGAAUCGAGACCAUUGGAGAUGUUUUACAAGAAAAAUCAACUAGUCGUCAGUUACAAUAUCAGUUAAUUUUUUGCUUAUGGUGUAUGAGUUUUGAUUCAAUUCAUGUAACUGAUAUAUGUAAGAAUUCUGCAUUAUUGGCUACUGUAGCUGAUAUUUUCCUUGAAGCAGAUCGAGAAAAAAUCACUAGAAUUUCAUUGGCAUUCUUUCGUAGUAUUUUAGAAAAAUUACCUACAAACGCUGAACAAAGAGAUUGUGGUUUACGCUUAGUUCAAUAUAAAGUUUUAAAAGAAUUAGAAUUGCUUAAUCAAAAAGAUUUUAGUCAUGAUCCUGAACUAACUGAAGAUAUUGCAUUCUUAAAUGAGAAAUUAUCGGCUAGCAUUCAAGAUGUAAGUAGUCUUGAUGAAUAUAUGGCUGAAUUAAAAUCUGGUCGAUUAGAAUGGUCACCUGUUCAUAAAUCAGAAAAGUUUUGGUAUGAAAAUGCAGUAAAAUUUACAGAUAAUAAUUAUGAAAUGUUAAAAAUGUUAGUACGACUAGUCGAACUGGGUACUGAUCCAUUAACAUUAUCUGUGGCUGUACACGAUAUUGGAGAGUUUGUAAGACAUUAUCCACGUGGUAAACAAAUAAUUGAAACACUUGGCGGUAAACAGUUAGUGAUGGCUUUACUACAGCAUGAUGAUCCAAAUGUUCGUUAUAAUGCACUAGUUUCAUUACAAAAGAUAAUGGUACAUAAUUGGGAAUAUUUGGGUAAACAAUUGGAUUCAGUUCAAAGUACUGAUGUGAAAUCAACUGGAGUAAAAGUUAAGUAGUAGUGGAUAGCAGUAGUAUUAUUAGUAGUAAUGAGAAAAACUAUAAAAAAACACCUUUCAAUUACCUUCAAAUGAUCUAAUGAAACUUAAUCCAAUGUAAUUAAUCAAUAAGUGAGUGAUUUUUUCAUGAACAAUUAACAAAGAAACAUACAUAUAAUAUAUUUAUCCAUUUAUUUUUCAAUCAAUCAUUAUUUACUGUUGUUACCAGGCUUCAUUAUUCUGGGUUUAGUGUUACUGUUUAUCAUCUGGUGUAAUCAAUCCUCCAUAGUGAUUCUUUCAUUCUCUUUUAUUUCAAUUUAUCAAUGGGAUUAAAUAUAAACAAAACAAACAUGCAUAAUAAUCAAACUUUCAUUUUCUUGACUUUCUUUCUAGUAUUGACUUGUUUUUUCUUUGUUGUUCUUCUUGUGAUAAAUUUAUUCCUGAUAUUUAUUGAUGUUUUAACCUGUGAACCUGUGUGCCCUGUAUAUUGGUUAACGCAACGAUACCGCCAAUUGGAGAGUAGUGAACGUGUAAAACACGUGCGAGCAGUCUAGAGUCCUUAUUGGUCCUGCUUCCCGCCUAGUACAGCCAGUUAAGUCCAGAACACCAAUUUGAGCCUCUGCAAUAUGAAUCCUUAUAUUUCAAACAUACUGAGUUUAUAUGCCAAUCAAACAGAUCACAACGUACCAUAAAAUAGAAAAUAACAUUUGUACAAUAUUUGGCCAAAAGUGUCUGUAGAUGAGGGAGAUAGUAAUUGAUAGACAGGGCAUAACUUAAGAAUAGUCAGUCUUAUGAUAAUAGUUCAUAGGUCUGAUCCACAAGACAGUGGAACAUCGUAAGGAGAUGCAGUCCUAUGGUAGUCGGUAACCAGUAAUAGGUUAAUACACCAUUUGUUCCCUUAAGAGUAUUGGUUUGGAAUCAGGGUUUUCCAACUCUCCUAGGUGAAUCCUCCAUAUCCACCAGCCCGGUUAAAACACCAAACAUGGUCUUUUCGUCCUCUCAAUUUCGUAAACAUCACCCGUGGUGCGAGAAAGCUGACUGAUUAUACGCACGUGACUAUAUGAGAGCACUUGGAGAGUCAGAGCUGACUCUCGACCGUACUGUGGCAUUUGGGGGCCCUUAAUGUAGUUAUGAUCGAAUUUAAUUUAAAUAUACUUAUCUUUUGACUAAGUAGCAAUAAGGUUCUUUUCAUUAAAAUGAUAAUAAAUCUCAUUGUUAAAAUGUCUUUUUGUGUGUGUAAAUUUAUUGACCUACGGACUAAACUCAUUCUAUAUUCAGUUUGAAUGAAUCAAUUCAUUUAGAUUGUUGAUUACAUAAUCUUACUAUUAUGUUCUUAUGAUUGAAAUCAAGAACAUUUUCUAAAUGUAUUCACUCUAUUUAAAUGAAAUGAAUUAUUCAAAUGUAAUUUGUUAUAGAGAUUUCAAUAGUUUCGAUUGUGUAUGUAUUCUGUGUACAUUGUAACAUAGUAGAAAUCUUUAUUUUGGGUAUACAAUUGUGUUUACUUUGAAUGUGACUAACUUACAGAUAACAAUACAAUUGAUUUUUGAUCCGUAUCAUUCAUGAACUAUGUACGAUGAUAAAAUCAAAUGAGUUUGAUUCUAGAGACUAUAAAUGCAUCGUUUUUUUGCUUUUGUUCUCAAUAAAAAAUUAGAGAAAAGUUAAGUAUUGUAUGUAAUGAUCUGACAAGGUAGAGUUAGAUGUAGCUGUCGUUGUCGACAGAGAGGAGAGGUGGAACGUCCGGAAUAUUGGGCGGAAAUCAGAAUGAGAUUGUCGACAGAGUAAUGACGGUCAGUGAGCCUGCAGGAUUGACAAAGAGUGGGGUACAGACUGUGACGGAGAAAAAGGUACAGCGACUAGAACGACUUAUUAAAAGAGGGACGAGUAUGAUAUGUACAGACAAAUAUGAGUAGUAUGUAUCAGGAAUCUAAAGUAGAAUUCUGAAGGAC